GUUAGCUUCUUAGUCAUGCAGAUCCGGUUUCCAUCAGCCUACAUGGCACCUCGGAUGCCUGGCGAAGAGUCACAGCCACGUACACUGUACGUCGGCAAUUUAGAUCCUUCUGUCGAUGAAAAUUUCAUUCUAGCCUUAUUUACUCAAAUGGGGCCAUGCAAAAGCUGUAAGAUCAUCCAUGAACCUGGAAACGAUCCUUAUUGUUUUGUUGAGUUUUAUGACCAUACUUCAGCAGCUUCGGCUCUUGCAGCUUUGAAUAAACGCUUUUGUAUGGGACGGGAGAUGAAGGUGAACUGGGCUACGUCUCCUAGUAAUCAGCCAAAACAAGACACAAGCAAACACUUCCAUAUAUUUGUUGGUGAUUUAAGUCCAGAUAUUGAAACUCAUCAACUACGGGAUGCCUUUAAAGCUUUUGGAGAAAUAUCAGAUUGUAAAAUCAUUCGGGAUCCGCAAACCCUGAAAUCAAAGGGAUAUGGUUUUGUUUCUUUUGUUAACAAAGUGGAUGCUGAAACUGCAAUAAACACCAUGAAUGGACAGUGGCUGGGCAGUAGGCCAAUCAGGACAAAUUGGGCCACUCGGAAGCCGCCUGCUCCAAGUCAAAAAGACAAUACAAAGCAGCUAUCUUAUGAAGAAGUAUACAACCAGUCCAGUCCCACCAACUGUACAGUCUACUGCGGUGGUAUCUCUCAGGGUCUUACAGAGGAGCUGAUGAGGAAGACUUUCAAUUCAUAUGGAGUAAUUCAUGAAAUUCGUGUUUUCAAAGAUAAAGGUUAUGCAUUCAUUCGAUUUUCUUCAAAGGAAUCUGCUGCUCAAGCAAUUUGUGGUGUUCAUGGCAAUGUGAUUGCAGAUCAACCUGUGAAGUGUUCCUGGGGUAAAGAAUCUAAUGAUCCUAACCAAAGCAGUCAGCCAACUGUCACUAAUGAGCAACAGCAACCUUUCUCCUCCCCUUCAGCCUAUGGUCAGUUUUAUGGUAACAUGGGUUAUUGGGGCUAUCCAUAUCAAAAUAUGGCCCAGAGCAGCUAUGUUCAAGGAGGAAUGAAUCAAUGGGCAGGUUAUAACUACCAAGCAUAUGCUGGGAUGAAUGUCCCUGCGAUGCAACAAUGGGGCCAAAUUCCCCUGCAGCCUGGCCAGCAACAGCAGCAAUUUAAUGGUCAGCAGCAAACUAUGCUUGGUUAUCCUCUGCAGCAGGAUAGCUACUUGGAAGAGGACAAUUAGGUUCUGGUGGUCACAGUAAGCAUUUCCAGAUUUGAUUUUGUCUUUUUUAACAACAUUAACAUUUUCAGAACUUGAUUUCUUAGAUGGAGUUUUUAAAAAAAAAUUUUGAUAUUCUUUAUUAUUAUUUCUUUGCUACAAAGUUCUUUUGGAUUGCAAUUUGUUGAUAAAUAGAUAUUUUGUUGAAUUUUGAUAAAACC